ACCAGUGGUCGCAUGAUAAGUUUGAGGAACCCACGGAAGAUAUGCCGCCCUUUUAGUUUCUUCUUUACCCUUUUUUCCUUUUUACCACACACGCGCGCUUGCCCUUCAUGCUUAAACCCAAAGUCAUUUCCCAAGUUUUACAACAAUCAGCAGACAAUGGCCUUAAAGCAUCAUUACUCAUGACGGGUGAAGGUUCAUUGUUGGCAUUCGCGGCAGAUAAUGGUCGUUCGCCCAAAACUUAUGCAGCCAUUGCGGCUAAUAUCUGGAGUUCAUAUAAGCAGCAUUCCGCGUCAGAUAGCUUUUUAAGAGGUGAUCCGACGGCCGGAUUACGAUUCCUGAUACUCGACUGCGAGGAAGGUAUCGUAUUUGUGACAGCCAUUAGUUCAAUGUUACUCUGCCUUGUCGGUGACAGGACGGUUGAACUUGGUAUUCUCAGAGCAAAGGCUGAAGCAAUUGCACGGCAUUUGGAAGAACCGCUCAGCCAUGCAGCCUCUUAUCAAUCAUAUGCAAUCUGAUAUUGUAUGAACAUUAUCAGAACAUUGUUAUAUAUAUAAAUAUAUAAAGAAAACAAGGAAGCCAAGAGGCACUAUGUACA